CAACGGAAGCAGAGCAAACGAAGCGGAAACACACACGACGGCCGAGCUAGCAGCAAAAUGGAAAACUUUUUCAUCAACAAAUAAUACCCGCAAUUUUGUCAAAGUUAUGAAUAGCAAUGACUAAUUUUAAUUGCAGCUCGGACUGAGCUACGAGCGUGCUUGACCAGUCAUAGGAAAACAAAAAGUUAAACAACACAUUGGUGAAUUAUACAAUUUUGUCGGUAUCUGUCGCGUUCGGUCGUUUGUUAUCACAGCGCAUAACGCACAAAGGUGCGUUGCCAAAAGAUUUUCAGCUACAGAAGAAAAUUUAAACGGCUUUUAUUUGGACUCUGUCGACAUGUAUGCGUGAAGAAAUCAAUAGACGAUGGCCCGGCCAAUGAGUACAAGCUGCCAGAGCAUUGCAACGGCUGCAAGCAGUGCCGCCACAACAGCUGCUGCCGUAUCAAUCUCGGCCUCCAAUGCCACAUCCGUGGGAUCGCUGAUUGCCGCAGCUUGCAUGCAGCAGCCACCAGCGUCACUUUAUGUCAAUGGGACUGGCAGUCUAGGCCGCCUCAAGUUUCACCACAAGAGUCUCGAUGCCAGUGAUGAGGAGCUCGAGUAUGCGCAGCUUUCACAGUCGACGCACAUAUUGGGGCGCUAUAAGUCGGAGCGCUUGUUGGCCUCCAAGCCGGACGAGGAUCGCCGACGUCGUACCAUUAUAGUGGAGAAGAAGCAUGAUUCCUAUGGAUUUACGCUGCAGAGCUAUGGCAUACACUACAAGCGCGAUGAGGAGCUGGAAAUGAUUACGUACGUGGACUAUGUGGAGUACGGCGGUCCAGCAUAUCGAUCAGGCAUGCGUGAGGGCGACGUCAUACUCUCCAUCAACGGGCAUGAUCUGGAAAAGGCUGAUCACAAGACAAUAGUGGACUUCAUCAAGCAAUGCGACAUGCGCAUGCGUAUGGUGGUGCUCUUCGAAGAUUGUGUGCGCAAGGUCGAUCUGCAUAUGCGCUAUAUACAGCUGCAAAGCCUGCUCCAGCAAAAGAUGAACGAGCUGGAGCGCGUGCAUCUGCGCGAGCGGGAGCUGCUGGAGGGAAAGUGGAAAACACACAGCUUGCCGGCGCGCAAGAAGGCCAAUGCCAAUGCCUCGCCCAGCGAUGGCGAAGGCGCCUCGCCCACUGAAGCAGCAGCAUUGGAGGCGAGCUUCUAUCGUCCUGCUUUGUCCACAGAGGAUGUGGGGCAACUGGUGACACGUCCGCAGGCGGUCAUCAUACCGCCGCCAGCGCAGUUUAUGCUCACCUACCACUAUCUGGAUCCCACUUAUCGCUAUGUGCUGCGUCCCACCCACGCCAGCUCCGAGGAGUUUAUCGAUGCCAGCAACAAUGAGCAGCCGAGCUCACAGCGCUAUAUUCUGCAGCGCACUGAGUCAGGGGACACGUCCACGACAACGCCAAACACACAGCAAUAUCACAGCACUAGCGCUGGAGCUGGAGUGGCCAAGGGGAAGCCACCAGCGCCACCGCCGCGCAGCUGUGAGAAACAUAAGCCGCCCGCCAAGCCGCCCAAGCUGGAGAAGAGCAAAUCGCAUUGCCAUGCUGGUCACUCCUGCAACCCCUGCUUGGGUCAUUUUCGCUGGAAGUCUGCGGAAAAGUCCAACAACAAUGCCGACAAUGUGAGUCUAGAUGCCUAUGAUCUCGCCAGUCCCUGUUGCGCCACGCAGUGCGUGCCCACGCGUCGUCGUCAUCGUCAGCACAAGGAGCAUACGCACAAGCACAAGCAUCGUGAUCGCGAACGCUCGGAGACGAAGGAUAAACAUGCAACUGCCACUAGAGCCAAAUCACAGACUCAUGCCUCGCCUGCUGGCAAUUGUAAGCUCGAGGCGCAGGCGCAGUCGCAGUCGCAAGCGCAGCAGCCACAUCUGCACCACCAUCACCAUCAUCAUCAUCGACACAACCAUGAACACACUCCGACGACUCAUGCACAUCACUAUCAUCAACAACAGCAACAACAACAACAACAGCAGCAGCAACAGCAACAGACGCCGCCAAGUCAAUCGCAGCGUUCGCGUUACUUUGAUCUGGCCUCGGGACUGGCGAGCCACUGCAGUCUGCACUCUUGCACCUCCAGCGAGUUUGCGCCUGCCGACUCUGCCAGCUACACCACCUCCAUUAGCACGGACACGCUCUUUUGGGAUCCCAAGAGCGACACAACGCAGGCUCAGGCUUCCAGGCAGCACUCGACCAAGUCGCGACAGUCGUACGAGCAGCAGCAGCAACCGCAAUUGCCGCCACAGCCACAGCCACAUCCCCAUGUGCAUGCGCAUCACCAUCAUCUGCAGCGUUAUCAUGUCACCGCCACGCAAGUGCAGCCUUCCCAGAUCUAUCCCAACACCAUGGCCUAUGUGCAAAAGCCGAAAUCUUGGGACAAUCUGGCUACCAAGGGCUUGGUGGGUCCCAGCUUUGGCUAUGGCUAUUUGGAUACAGUGGCGGUGAAGCCACCAGUCAAGAUGCAGAUUGCACAGCAGCGUCAUUCCAUGCCACGACGCAAUCCCUAUGGACGCUACUCCACCUAUGGCGAUGUGGAGAACUAUGCCCCGCCGCCCACAGAGUUUGUGGGUGAGUUAACCACUACGACAACCACCACCAUAACAGCCAAAUCCACGGAGCAGGUGCUGGCCACAUGCGAUUGCCUAACCCCGCAGCAGCAACAGGCACUAAAGGCGGCCCAAUAUCAGCUCAGCCAAAGCCAAAAGCUAACGCAUCAGAACUCCUGUCAAAUGGGCUACUACUCGCAUCUGCCCAGACCCACCACAGAUGUGGGCACCUCUACUAUACAACAACAGCAACAGCAGGCGCAGCCAAAUGGCGGCUGCGAUGGCGCUGUGAUCUCGGAGGCCACACGCUUGUAGACAGACUCAGCCAAUUUUCCCUAGAAUACUGUUACAAAUGCUCAAUUUUAAACAUAUUUACAUAUCUAAAAUUGGCAAACGUGUACCAAGUAACUUGGACUCCAGAUAAAGUAGCGAGGGAAAUCGAAAGCAGCAAGCAAGCCAAAUUUUUAAAUUAAAUAACUAAACGCUUGGCAGAGCAGUUAAGUGAAAUUUACACCAAAAUUGAUGAUCGAAUUAUAUGAUAUACUAUAUGUAUGUAGUUGUUUCUAAUAUUUUGGAUUUAUUUAAAGACUGAAAGCUACGCGUAUAUUCCAAAGUAGAGUUACAAGAGCUGGCCUAUAUACCAUAGCUAGUUACAUAUUUAGAAAACGAAAAUAAUGCAUAUGAUGGUACUUGGUAUGUAGCUAUUGUUUUUACCAAUAUAUAUACACAUUAUAUAUGUCAAAUAUUUAGUAGCAUACUUAUUUGUUAUAAGUACUAGUCUGUGUAUACUAAUAUCGAACAAUGGUAAUUUAUAUACAUUGUGAUAAUGG